UGGAUGCCACCGGAGCCUCCGUUAGAGAAACUUAGAGCCGCCACUGGGGCGCGGCGGGGCGGGGCCGAGGGCGGGGCCGGCCCGGAGGAAGUGCGGCUGCCGGACAGCAUUCUGGGGCCGGAAGUGGGGCGCACGCUGCGGGCGGGCGGCGAUGGCGGCGGCGCGGGCCGGCAGGCGGCGCCUGGCGGAGCUGACAGUGGACGAGUUCUUGGCUUCGGGCUUCGAUUCUGAGUCUGAGUCCGAGUCCGAGUCCGAAGGAGCCGCGGGAGCCGGGACGCGGGCGGUGCGUGGAGCCGACCGGAGACGGGAUGGGCCAGGCGGGAGCCCCUCGUCCAGCCGGCGUAAAGGUCGAGCAUCUGAGCACAAGGACCAGCUCUCUCGGCUGAAGGACAAAGACCCCGAGUUCUACAGGUUCCUGCAGGAGAACGACCAGAGCCUGCUGGACUUCAGUGACUCAGACAGCGCGGAGGACGAAGAGGGCCAGCUGCACUCCCUGCCCGACACGCUGGAAGAAGCCAGCGUGGAGGAGGAAGAUGUGGAUGAGGGUGGGACCCCCCGAGGACUGAAGGGGAAGAAGAGGGAUUCUGCUCCUGUGACCCUCGCCAUGGUUGAGGGAUGGAAGCAGGCGGCAAAGCAUCACCUUACUCCAAAGCUGUUCCACGAAGUCGUGCAGGCGUUCCGAGCUGCUGUGGCCACCACCCAAGGAGACCCGGAAGGUGCCGAGGCCAGCAAAUUCCAGGUCACGGACAGUGCUGUGUUCAAUGCCCUGGUCACCUUCUGCAUUCGUGAUCUCUUUGGCUGUCUCCAGAAGUUGCUGUUUGGAAAAGUCCCAAAGGACAGUAGCAGGGUGCUGUACCCGUCUGGCAGCCCACUGUGGGGCAAGCUCCGGCUGGACAUCAAGGUUUACCUGAGCUCAGUUAUACAGCUGGUGGCCUGCGUGGCCGAGGCGACAGUGGCAGCGGCCGUGCUACAGCAUAUCAGCAACUCCGUGUCCUACUACUUGACCUUCCCCAAGCAGUGCCGCCUGCUGCUCAAGAGGAUGGUGGUCCUGUGGAGCACAGGUGAGGAGACGUUGCGCGUCCUGGCCUUCCUGGUCCUCGUCAGGGUCUGCCGGCAUAAGAAGGAUGUCUUCCUGAGUCCUGUUCUCAAGCAAAUGUAUAUCACGUACGUGAGGAACUGCAAGUUCACCUCUCCCAGCACCCUUCCGCUCAUCAGCUUCAUGCAGCGGACCCUCACCGAGCUACUCGCCCUGGACUCUGGCGUCGCCUACCAGCACGCCUUCCUCUACAUCCGCCAGCUGGCCAUCCACCUGCGCAGUGCCAUGACCACGCGCAAGAAGGAGACGUACCAGUCUGUGUACAACUGGCAGUUUGUGCACUGCCUGUGCCUGUGGUGCCGCGCACUCAGCACCCUCUGCCCGCGGGAGGCCCUCCGGCCCUUGGUCUACCCCCUGGCGCAGGCGGUGAUCGGCUGCAUAAAGCUGGUCCCCACCGCCCGCUUCUACCCCCUGCGCAUGCACUGUGUGCGUGCUCUGACGGGGCUCUCGGAGAGCACCGGCACCUUCAUCCCAGUGCUGCCCUUCAUACUGGAGGUUUUCCGGCAGGUGGACUUUAACAGGAGGCCGGGGCGCAUGAGCUCCAAGCCCAUCAACUUCACCGUGAUCCUGAAGCUGUCCAAAGUCAACCUGCAGGAGAAGGCAUAUCGGGACGGCCUGGUGGAGCAGCUGUAUGACCUCAUCCUGGAGUACCUGCACGGCCAGGCCCACAGCAUCGCGUUCCCUGAGCUGGCGCUGCCCGCCAUCCUGCAGCUGAAGUCCUUCCUCCGGGAGUGUAAGGUGGCCAACUACUGCCGGCAGCUGCGCCAGCUGCUGGAGAAGGUGCAGGAGAACGCAGAGUACAUCUGCAGCCGCCGCCAGGGGGCCCCCUUCGCCGUGGCUGACGGGCACGCAGUGGAUGCCUGGGAGAAGCAGACCCGAGAGGAAGGGACCCCGCUCACCAAGUACUACAGCCAGUGGCGGAAGCUGAGGGAGCGAGAGAUCCAGCUGGAGAUCAGUGGCAAAGAGCGGCUGGAAGAUCUGAACUUGCCAGAGAUAAAGCGGCGGAAGGUGGGAGACAGGAAAAAUGAAGACCGAGUGGAAUUUAAGGAUCUCUUUGACCUGGACAGUGAUGGGGAAGACAGUGCCAUGGACUUCUCAGAGACAGGGAUGCCUGGGUCCCCAGGAGCUUGGCAGAGGGUCGAGGAAGAGGAGGAGGAGGAGGAGGAGGAGGAGGGCAGCUGCGGCAGCCGAGAAGCAGCCGGCAAUUCAAAAGAUGGAGGCCCCGACACACAGGCGGGCCUGGGCCUCCGGGAGCUGCGGCGGCUGGCUCAGGGGCCGGAGGACGAGUUGCAAGACCUCCAGCUCUCCGAGGAGGACUGAGGGCUGCCGGCCAGGGGACCUGCAGGGACUGUGACGCACAGCUCCCAACUCGGCGGGCAGUCGGGCACAUAGCUUCUUGGCUGGCCCUGAGCCUGGCGGUCAGGACCCACGCUGGGGUGGGGGGAAGGGCAGUCGAUGGCGCACAGGGCUUUAUCUUUCCAACAUGGAAGACCAGAAAGUACCGAGCCCUGUGCAGACCCCUGCAGUGGUGGCUGUGGAGCCCGUGUCUACCACUGCGGCCCCCCAGUGUUGGGUCAGAGGCAUCAAGACCGGGAGAGGAGCCGAUCUGGGGCGGCACUCUGCCCCAAUGGCAGGCUGCUGAACGGACUGCCAGGAGCCGUCCCAGUUCCAGACAGAGCUGGUGGGCACGGCCCCUGCCAGGGUGGCAUGAUGGGCCACCUCUGUGUCCUUCGUCAUUCUUUGGUCUGUGUGCUGGUACCCAGGAUAUGGAGUCCCUGUGCUUGGGCUCAGGUGUGGGUCCCCAGGCUGUCUGCACCAGGCUCUAUGGCCACCCCCAGAAAGUUUUGGAAACUCUUUUCCUCUUAACUCACAUUUUCCUUUAAAAAAGUUCUUUGUGUUUUUGCAUCCAAA